CCCUUCCGGCUAAUCCAGUGACGAUCAUUUAUGUCGAUAUUAGAAUUAUGGAGACCAUUCAAAAUGGCGAUCAGCUGGAAUGACACGGUCGUCUAAAUUUGUAAACAUUCUACAGUUCAGUUCAUAUUUUUCAUUAAGUUAUAUAAAAUUUCAUAAAAUUAGUAGAUAUGGGUGAAAUGGAGACUUUAUAUUAUCAAACUAACAAACUGACCUUAGAAAUACCGAGUCUACUCAAUCGCUUGGCUGCAAGCAGAAACGACGAGGCUCAUGAUAUUGAAAGUCGUAUUGAGGCAAAUCUGCAAGCCAUUGGUGCCAAUUGUGAAAGAUUAAAUGUCUUAGUAAAUAAAGAGCCUGCCUACAAACGACAAAACUCUAAAAUGAAAGUAGAUCAACUGGUUUAUGACCAUCGUCAUUUGGAAGCAGCCCUUCGAAAUUACAGACAGAAACAAAUGUUACAGAAAAAAGAAGAAAGAGAAAGGGAAGAACUAUUACAAAGGAAGUUUACAACCAAUAACAGUGACGCAUCAAUAAUGAUUGAUUAUGCUCUUCAACACAACACAAGUUUACAAAAUGCCUCACAUGGUGUUGAUGAACUUCUUGGAAGUGGAUCAAGUAUAUUGUCAAAUCUCCGUGAACAAAGACUCACACUUAAAGGCGUACAUAAACGAAUUCUUGACAUGGCUAGCACACUUGGUUUAUCAAAUACUUUGAUCAGAUUGAUAGAUAAAAGAGGCACACAGGAUAAAUGGAUUGUUUUUGGAGGAAUGAUAAUCACAUGUAUCAUUAUGUUCUUGGUUGUGAAGUAUUUGACGUAAAAUGAAGUGUAUAAAGAUAUUUUCUCUUGGAUAUAUAGCAAGAAUUUAUCAAAAAAUAUGAGAAAUAAUUGGUUUGACAUGUAUGGCUAUGACACAAUUACCAAACCUAUUUGCACUCAUUCAGAUAUCCAAAUCACCAUCCUCUAACUGGUUUCCAUUCUUCCACAACUGUCUCCCCUUCAUGAACAAAAUACACAGAGUGCAUUGCUGCUGUUGCACAUGCCUAAAAGAUGUUAACAAUAUAGUUUGGUAUUGUUCGAAUGAGAUAAUAGUUUGAUUUUAAAAUAAAGAGCAUGUAAAGCACUUGA